AUUUCAGCAACAGAAGGGUCGAUAAACCGGGGAGAUAAAGUCCCGAAAGCUUCUGGUGUUGCCAUCUUUUCUACCAAACCUGGAUACUUCACACUUCACCCACCGCCCCGAAGUGCCUUUCCGCUGUCACCCGCCAAGAUGCCCAAAGGAUUCCUGGUAAAAAGAAACAAGAAAUCUGCACAUGUUUCCUACAGGACUCGCUCAGAUGAAGAUGAGCUCCAGGAGCUCCCCACCCCAGUUGCCUUGCCGACUCAGGCGGACCCCUCCCCCGCCAUGUCCAUGGCGUCCAGUCCCGCCCGCGCCUCCGCCUCGCCGGAUUUCACCGCGGCUGACGCGCCGGUGCCAAGGCUGGAGAAGCCGGCCCAGUUCGGCAAUCCAGAAGCGGUGUGCCAAGCCCUCUACAGCCCCACCCGACCCAUCAGCAAGGAGCACGAGCGGGAAUAUUUGGAGCGAAGUUUCAAUCUGGGCUCGCCGAUUUCUGCAGAGUCAUUCCCCACGACCGCCUCCCUCUCCGGCCUGGAGCAUCUCCUGUACGCGCCUGUAGACCUGAAGAUCGGCACCAGCAACAGCAGCCGCAGCGGCACCACCAGCACCAGCAGCCUCACGGGACCAAACAGCCGGGUCUCCACCAAACGACCCGCGGAUGGAGCGGAGCGCAAACUCAAACCCGCUUCCAAGAAACCCAAAGCCAUUAGAAAACUCAACUUCGAAGACGAGGUGACGACCUCCCCGGUGCUCGGGCUGAAAAUCAAAGAGGGGCCGGUGGAGAUGAAGCCGAGGGCGCAGUCCUCCGCGGGGGCCAAACCUCUGGGCGAGUUCGUGUGCCAGCUGUGCAAGGAGGCGUACGCGGACCCCUUCUCCCUGGCUCAGCACAAGUGCUCCCGCAUCGUCCGAGUCGAGUACAGGUGUCCCGAGUGCGACAAGAUGUUCAGCUGCCCGGCCAACCUGGCCUCACACCGCCGCUGGCACAAGCCCCGGAGCACCGGGGCCCCCGCCACGGCCGCGCAGCAGCCGGGCAUCAAGGCGGAAGUGGGUAAGAUGCCGCCGCUGGGGGUCAAGUCUGAAGAAGCCAAAGAGAUGAGUGACAGAGACAGCCCGAGUCCGGGUCUGUCCGAGUCCGGGUCUGAAGACGGCUCGUAUGACUGCCAGUUCUGCGGGAGGAGGUUUAAGCGCCAGGCGUACCUGAGAAAACACAUCAUGGGGCACCAGGUGCUGCAGAAGAAGGUGCUGGAGGAGCACGGGUUUCAAACCAGCGACCGAGCAGCGGCAGAGCAGGCUCCUGUGCCUGCCCCUUCCUCCUCAGCAUCCUCUUCCUCCUCCUCAGCAUCCGCAGAGGACGCGUCAAACCAAAGCCCCCUGAAUCUGAGCCCUGUGGACUGCCUGCUGUGCCCGGUGUGCGGGGAGAGUUUCACCAGCAGGGCCGGCCAGGAGCGACACCUGCGCCUCAUGCACUCCUCCCAGAUCUACCCGUGCAAGUACUGCCCCGCCACCCUCUACAGCUCACCGGGGCUCACCAGGCACAUAAACAAGUGCCACCCCUCGGAGAACAGGCAGGUGAUCCUGCUGCAAAUGCCGGUGCGCCCCGCCUGCUGAACAGAACCUGUGCCUUUCAUGGAGGAAGAUCAGAAAAAAUGAAGAGAAGGGAAGUGGCUUUGAGUUAGAAGAAUUAAAAAAAAAAAAAAGUUUCUGCCAUAACUUUAGG